GUUUUUUCUAUUUUUUAUACCCAAAAUCAGUGUAAAAGAUGCUGCGUUACAGAUGGCCUAACAUGUGUAUUCUAAAAUUUAUUUUCCCCCUUUUUUCGUUUGUUUGUUUGUUGUUGGUACUAGGAGUGAUGUCGAAGAACAUAACCGUAGAGAACAAAUGCGAUUACACCGUGUGGCCGAGAAUUCUCACUCGAGAAGGUCCACUCUCCGAUUGGACCACUGGAUUCUAUCUCAAGACAGGAGAGGCACGUGUCCUGAACGCGACUGAAUUGUAUAAAUUUUCUAUAUGGGGAAGGACGCCCUGCUCAACAAAUGCAACAGGGAGAUUAUCAUGCGCUACGGGAGACUGUGACACAGGAAAAUUUGAUUGCUACGGCACUCAUUAUCCGGCGUCUCUAGCCGAUUUUAUCAUCGACGAAAGCAUCGACUCGUACCGCGUCAAUCUCGUUGGCGGUUUCAACCUUCCGUUGCUGGUGGUCCCACUCACACAGAAAAGUUCCCAAUACGGAAGUAGAUGCAUCGUUGUGGAUUGCGAUGUCGUUGACCUGAACCAGGCUUGUCCGUAUGAGCUUAUGGUCGUCGAUGAAGAAGAACGGACAAUAGCUUGCACUAACCCAUCGUCGACGUCUUCUUACUCGCAAAACUUCAAGAAGGCUUGUCCAACAGCUACUACUUCCGACGCUACGGACAGCACCUACUGGGACUGGGUCUGCCCAAGCUCCACCGACUACAUCAUCACGUUUUGCCCUUCUUUUUCUCCUAUCCCAACCAGGCGCAAAAGGCCAACGACCGAGCCUUCAGUAACAACUAAAACAGAAAAUGAAACUACAACAGGUUCUAAACAUAAGUCUCCAUUGAAGUUAAAAGUCAUACUCGGAGUCUCAACAGCUUUACUUGUGAUGAUCAUCAUAGUUGCGACAACGGUAGCAGUGAGAGCAAAGAAUGCGAGAAGCAAGAGUGAUUGGAACGGGGACAACAUUGAAUCAGUUGUUAUGUUGAAACGAUAUAGUUAUGCUAAAGUCAAGAAGAUGACAAACUCAUUCGCGCACGUUCUCGGGAAAGGAGGAUUUGGAACUGUAUACAGAGGAAAGUUACCUGAUGGCGACGGUCGAGAUGUUGCAGUAAAGGUCUUGAAAGAGCUAAAUGGUAAUGGAGAAGAGUUUGUGAAUGAAGUAGCUAGCAUGAGUAGAACAUCUCAUGUUAAUAUCGUUUCUUUGCUUGGAUUCUGCUAUGAAGGGAGCAAGAAAGCUAUAAUAUAUGACUUUAUGCCCAAUGGAUCCCUCGACAAAUUUAUUUCUGAGAGUAUGUCAACCAAAAUGGAAUGGAGAACUAUAUACAACAUUGCGGAAGGUGUUGCUCACGGGCUAGAGUACUUGCACAACCGUUGUGUAUCGAGGAUUGUGCAUUUUGAUAUAAAGCCACAAAACAUACUCGUGGACGAAGAUCUUUGUCCGAAGAUUUCAGAUUUCGGUCUUGUCAAGCUUUGCAAAAAGAAAGACAGUAUCGUGUCACUGCUAGACGCAAGAGGGACCAUAGGAUACAUUGCUCCUGAAGUAUUUUCCAAGAACUUUGGAGGGGUUUCUCAUAAGUCGGAUGUGUAUAGUUAUGGAAUGGUGGUUCUUGAGAUUGUCGGAGCAAAAAACAGAGAAAGACCUGAAAAUUCUAGAUCCAACAACAGCUCUAUGUAUUUCCCAGAUUGGAUUUAUAAGGAUCUUGAGAGAGAAGAAACCAUGGGGAUUUUUGGAGAUCAGAUAACAGAAGAAGAAGAUAAGAUAGUGAAGAAAAUGGUAUUGGUGGGUUUGUGGUGUAUUCAAACAAAUCCAUCUGAUCGUCCACCAAUGAGCAAAGUCGUUGAAAUGUUAGAGGGAAGUCUAGAGGCUUUGCAUGUUCCACCGAAACCUCUCUUUGGUAUACCUGCUGUAACUUUUGAAGAAGAGAGUCAAGAGACUUCAAGCUUCUCUACAUCGAGCCAGCUAGAGAGAGGAACUCUUUCACGUUACCAAGGUACUGUGGAAGGUGGUAAAGAUCGUUCCCUAAACCAAACCCAUUAAGGUAUUACUUAUUGGGAUUUUCUUGGUAAACUUAUAUUUCAUUUUGUUUGGUCUUUUUACAGUCGUUGUAAAUUUUUAAUGCGGACAUGGUAGCCCAAAAUAAACAGAUUCCAUCGUUGGUCAAAACUUCAGAUUAUUUUUCUGAAGUUUCCCAUGUCUAUGGUACAAGUGCAAGUGAGAAAGAUAUACUUCCUG